AUGAAUAAUAAUUUGCCGCCGUCAUCAUUGGAGGAACGCCUCCUUUACUUGGCAAUGGCUACGUCGGAGCAACGUUGGAGUUACUUGGCAGUGCAGUUGCCUGACCAGUUGAUAGAGUUUUUACGUGAUGAGAAUAUUCGUGGAGAGGUCCUUCUUCAUCUCAAAAAUUUCAUCAUGAAACAGGCAUUGCAGAGCACCACUGCAUCAACUUACUAUUAUGUGGAAAUAAGUAGAAACACAAGGGGAGAAAAUCGCGUUAAUCUUGCUUUGCAGUUGUGGAGCUCCUAUCAAACAGCCUCUAUACUUUUACUGGAAAUAACAGCAGUGCACCGGAGUUUUUUAACCUUGACAUUCACCACGGCGGAAUCCACUCGAGUUUGUAAUGCUCUUGCUGUACUUCAGGGCACAACAUACAUACCGUUUUAUGUUGACCCACUUCUUAGAAUUCAAACAAAUGAGAACCGUGAUCAUGCAUCUGUGAGGCUUAGCAGCUUGGAUCUUGUUGGUGCCCUAGCAAAGUUUGAUGAUCCACAAGGGCCAGAAAUUCUAAACUUUUUUCUAGGUUCAGGACUAGUUCUUUCGUGCCUGCACUGCAUGGGGGAUGGUGAUACACUGACUGGGAAGGCUACAACGCUCAUAGUUAUGAAUAUCUUGAUGCAAGAGGCAGGGCUGAACUAUUGUUGUGAUUCACCUGAACGUGUUCAGUUACUGGUACAAGUCUUGCGUCAAAUGGUAGAAAAACUUACUGGAAACCCCUCUUUACAGACGCUAAAAUAUGUUGUUCAAUGCUAUUACUGUCUUUCAGGAAAAUCCAAGUUAAGCGGGGUAUUAAAUGCUUUGAGAGACAAUUUUCCUCGACAGCUAACUGACACCACUUUUCGCAACCUUUUUAGUCGAGAUCCAGAGAUGCAAGAUAUGAUGGAGGAUAUAUUGUUGGGAAGAUGA